AUGCCAAAUCCUGCUAAAGCAAGUCAACGAGAAAAAGAAAUUGAUGCCGCCAGAUAUAAAGGAAAUUGGAGUGUAAUUCCUGAGCUUGCAAGGAAAUAUCGUAAACAUAAUCCUGCAGGAAUAGUUCUUGAACAAACUGUGUUGGCAGAAUUAGCAUUAGUUCAAGUAAUUGAUAAAGAACAAAUAAAAAAUUUCAAUCCAGAGAAUUAUUAUAGUGACACGUCCUCAAAAAUGUCGAUAAAGCCUCCAAUUGAAGAAUCUUUGAUAAAAGAUGUAUUUAAUAAAUUAGAAAUGGCAUUGUCAGAAGCUAAAGGUCAAGAUAAAGUUUAUACUUCUAUAGUACUUGCGAGGGCAUAUUUUUCUAUUGGACAAUACGAUAAAUGCGUAGCGACAUUGGGUACUGACUUUAUGCACCAGAAAUCACCUGUCGGCUAUAAUUAUAUACUAACUAUCCAAGGAUUGACCUUAAAAGGAAUAUCGCAAGAAAUUCUUGGAGAUCUUGACGAUGCAAUUACUUGUUAUGAUCAAGUUGUAGUAUUAUUGUCACAAUUUUCUGGCGAAAGGUCGGAGCAAUUAUCGACGUGGUCAGAAAUAGCAUUAUACCACAAUGCAUUAUUAAAAGUAAAUUUAAGUGAUGUUAGUAGUGCACUUCAAGCUUUCAGAACAUAUCAACACUAUGCUGCAACAUGGGGUGACAAAUUUCAACUUCAUAAACGUGCAAAUAUUUUUCGACAUUUCAACAAAUUUCUUUCAAAAACUUAUCAAGAAGGAACCUACGUGCCACCAAGAAAUAUCUCACCAUCGAUUAGUACAAAUGUUCAAUCGACAAUUUUUACCCCGCACACUUUUCGAGUAGAAAUCAAUGGACUCCAUCUUUCGUAUGAAAAAGUUCUGGAUCAAAUAACACGAUUUCCAAAAGCUGGUGAAAUUAAUUGGAAAGUUUUGGAGUUUAUUGAUCAAGUAAUGUCUGAUUGGAUUUUGUUAAAUGGAGGCACUGCUGCAGAAAUUAAAAAUCUUAUUGAGAUGUUGUAUCGUGCAACACAAAAAACAUUUCAAUCACCAAGAAUUCUACGUCAUCUCAUAAACUCAUUAAUAACAUUAGGUGAUUACGACGAGGCUGAAUUAGCAGUUAAUGCAUAUAUUGCUUUAGUGGAAAAAGCAAAAGAAACAAACAAAAGCGACGUUGUUAAACGGAUGAGUAGCAGUGGUUUAAAUAAGUUAACUGAAAAAUUUAUUGAUGUGGAAUCAAAUCAAGAUUUUAUGCAAGUUUUAAUAACAAGUGCUGAAUUAAUGGCUAAACAAUUGGACAAGAAAACUUUGGAAUUGGCAAAUAAAGCAAUAAAGUUGAUUGAAAAUAUUGGUGUUGGACUUUCUAAAGAAUUAAUAGCUAAAGCAUGGAGAUUUGUCGGUGUUGGGUAUAGUAUGCUUGCUGAUAAAGAGUAUGAUCCAAAAUCACGCCCAGAAUUCCAUGCUAAAGCUAUUGAUGCACUCAAUAAAUCAAUCAAAUUAGACCCGGAAGCUUUUGAGACUUAUUACCAGUUGGCUCUUGAGUAUGCAAUAACUCGUGAUAUAGGUCAAGCAAUCGAAAGUGUCAAACAAGCUCUUGCUUUAGAUGGUACCAAUAUUCCAUGUUGGCACCUACUAGUAUUACUUCUUUCUUCUCAAAAAGACAUACAAGGAGCUUUGAAAGCAAGUGAAAUCGGUGCUAAAGAGUCAGACUGGGAAACAACUGAUUCGACAGUUGAUUUUAAUACAUUGGCAGCCAUUGGUAAUAAUGAUGGUGAAGAAUUUCUCUCUUUCAAAUUAACACAAAAUGUUUUACAAGAAUUAGCAAAUGGAUCUGAAACAGCAAUUCAAAAUUUUGAUAAGUUGUUUACAUUAUUUGGAAGAGUUUUCCCUGAUUAUAGUUUGGUCUCAUAUUAUGAUUCGAGUUCAAAGAAGCAUGAAAAAUAUGAAGAUACCAUUUCUUCAAAAUUACAAAUAAGUUCUAAUAGCGCAAAAAGUUUUACUAGCUCUUCUGAUAAAAAAGAGGAGUACCUUAGUAGUAGUAAUAAUAACGAUGGUUCGACAAUAUCUAGUGCAACAAACAAAGAGACAUUAGAUGUUCCCAAAACAAAUUAUGCAACAUCAAUUGCUUCUUCUUCAAAAAACUCUGGAUCAUCUGGAGUUCGUCCUAGUCCUACACCAACUAUCACAGACUUAUGGCUUGGAUCGGCUUCGAUAUUCCGUCGCCUUGGUAAUUUAGAGGAAGCUCAAAAAGCUAUUGAGAGUGCCGAGGAAAUUGAUAAUAUGAAUCCUGAUAUUUGGUAUCAGCUUGGUCUUUUACAUUUUGUUCAAGAACAAUAUGUUGAAGCAAUCAGUGCUUUUCAUAAAGCUAUGGCACUGGAUCUAAACCAUGUUCUUAGUUUGGUAUAUUUGGCAAGAACAUAUAUAGAGACAAAAAAUCUUGAGAUUGCUGAAGGUAUACUUGAUGAUAUUACCAAAGGAAUUGGAUGGGAUUGCGCUGAAGCAUGGUUAUAUCUUGGUCAAAUAUACAAAGCUACUAAUCGUAUUAAAAGAGCUAAAGAUUGUCUAUGGUAUACUUUAGAUUUAGAAGAAAGUCAACCCAUAAGAUCAUUCAAUGUUUUACCUCAAU